AUGACCAGACCCCAGGAUUUGCACUGGUGCAAACGUACUCGCGACUGCUCCAGAGUACUCUGGAGAGGGUGCUCGGAGCUACUCCAGAGCACUCGGGGAGCUGGCGCCAAGACUCCAGAGCACGCGCGAGCCGCCCGCCGAGCUCCGAGAUGCUCCAUAAAAGGGUACUUGUCUCAGGCUGCUCCGGCUACUCUCGAGACCCCGUUGCACUCUGGAGACAAGGUGUUUUUGCCUGAUGAUGGCGCUCAAGUGGCAGAAUGUACCCGGUUUCUUCCCGGAUCGUUUGAUCGUCCUCCACGAAAUCCGGCCGAGAAGAUCAAAAGUGGCUACAAAGCCUGGGAGUUCCUCAUGUACGUCUUCGGUCUCGGUCCCUGUCUCCUCUACGCUUCCCCUCUUCCCCUUCAAUACUUCGUGAACUUCUGUCGACUCGUCCGUGCCAUCCGGAUUACGCUAGCAUACAGCAUCCGUGAGGACGACCUCCUUGAAGCACACAGCCACUUCAUGCAAUUCACCACCGAGUUCGAGGAGCUGUACUACAAUCGUCGUGCCGAUCGUCUCCACUUUGUGCGGCAAAGCAUCCAUGCCUUAUCUCAUAUUUGCCCAGAAGUUCAGCGGCUUGGCCCGCAAGCGUGCUACACACAGUGGGUCAUGGAGCGUGCCAUUGGCUCCCUGACACAGGAGCUUCGGAACCAUUCUAAUCCCUACGCCAACCUCUCUGAACGUUUUGUUCGAAGAGCCCUGAUCAACGCGCUCAAGGCUAUGUUCCCAGAGCUCGAGCACACAAAAUACAAGUCCGGAGAAUACCCUCGGGGCGCCGAAGAGGUCGGGUCUGGUUACGUGCUCCUCCGGGCAGUCGAUGCGAAGGAGCGCACAAUUCGUGCUGAAGAGGGAAAUGCACUCCGGGAAUACCUCAAGGAACACGAUCCUCCCAACAAGGCGCUCUACGAAGAUGCGCCCGCGUUCCGUGUGGCACGCUGGGCAAGACUCCUUCUACCAAAUGGCCAGAUUGCAAGAUCAUAUUGGAAGGAGGGUGGCAAGACAAAGCCUAAACUCCGUGUCUCCCGUAAUGUGAAGGUAAGCGGGGUUGUGGCUCUAAUAUAUACAGGCAUGCUAACUAGCUUGGCAGAUCGUACUCAACGGAGAGAUACGAUACGGGGAAGUGCAGUACUCAAAAUUGGAAACCGGAAGCAAGGCGUCGCCAUGCUAUCACUCUGGAGUCUGCCGGAGCCGACACUGCUCAAACUAUCUUGCAAGACCAUCUACUCUUCCCUUCCUGGUGGUGAUGACGGACUCGUGGUUGUUCCGGUGCAUUGUAUCAAGUCGGUCGUGGCGAUGAUUCCCCAUCCGGAGCAUAUUCCCUCUGUUGAGGGACAUAUUGUCACUCGAGACGUAGAUGUGACUGGCCGGUGGUGCGUCGUCGAGAAGCCCGGACUGGAAGUAGCACACUACGCAGGGAGGGAUGAAGAUAUAUUCGCAGACGAUGAAGCGGGAGAGGGGGAGCUGGGAGGAGAGAGGGAAUAA